AUGACUAAAAUCUCUGUAGGAUUGCAACUUCUGACAACAGUUUCAAAAGAAAAACCAAACAACAUAGUGAUCAAAUCUUCACUCAAACCAAACCGAUCCGAUCCAAACACCUCGGAGCUCUGUUUCCUCAAAACAUGUCAUCUCUGUUUGAAACAUCUCCGUCAAGACAAAGAUGUUUACAUGUACAGAGGAGACUUGGGAUUUUGUAGCAGAGAGUGUAGAGAAAGUCAAAUUUUGAUUGAUGACAAGAAGGAAUUAGAGGCUUCCACGAAGAUGAUGUUGGCUUCUUACAGACGCUGUAACUCCGGCGCCGUUAAAAGUGACACCCGGAUCUUGUUUGAUGAUCUCCGGCGACGACGACAACUAUUUAUAGUCCCUUAA